AAACGAGAAUGAAAAAUACACAGAAAUAAAUGGUGGAAUCUCAAUGAUUUCGUCUAUUUUUUUUCUUUCAAAAUUAGGUCAAAGAUGAACUUUUUUUUUCGAGGAGAAUCCAAACAAAUAAUUCCCACCCAAUUUUGAUCGUUUCAAAAUUCCAGCACUUUGUUCAUGGAGAAUAAAAUCAAAAUUAAGCGUAAAUUCAUUCUUGCCUGACAAUCAAUAUAUAUAUAUAGUUAUACGUAGCAGUCAUUUUCCCUCCUGUUGGUUAUACACACUUUUCUCUUUACCAGGGGAAGGAAAAAGGGGGAAAAGAUCAUAUAAAAACUGAGCUGAUGGAUAUGGUUCCAAUCAAGAAACUGCAGUGGCUCUCAUUUCAUCUCCUGAGGUGUGGAUGCUAAUGGUAUUGUCGUGUUGAUGGAAUUUAGAGGUGGUGGACUUAUGGUAUAUGACUUAACAGGAGCAAUCAGUGCUUCAUUUUUCAAGGGAUACAGCAAGCUUAGCAACAAAGAAAAGCUCGAAUGGAACAAUAGGGGGUUCUCCACUUUCCACUCCGUUGUCGUAGCUGCUGGUUCUCUAUAUCUGCUUCUGUUUUCAGAUCUCUUUAUCGAUAGUGAAGAUGUGUUAUUUAUCAACAAGUCCUCGACUCUGUCAGAAACCAUAAUGGGGGUAUCAAUUGGCUACUUUCUGUCUGACCUGGCAAUGAUUAUUUAUAAUUAUCCAGCUUUAGGUGGAAUUGAGUAUAUCCUACAUCAUGGGCUAUCCAUGUUUUCCAUCGUUCAGUCCCUCUUGAGUGGUCAAGCACAAUUUUACAUAUUCAUUGUUCUGUUUACGGAAAUCACUACCCCGUUUGUUAAUUUAAGAUGGCGUCUUGAUGCUGCCGGACUGAAGAAUUCAAAACUCUACAUUUACAAUGGUGUGGCGUUGUUCAUUGGGUGGUUGGUUGCAAGGAUCAUUUUGUUUGUGUUCCUAUUCUUCCACAUGUUUGUCCAUUUUGAUCAGGUGAAGAAAGUCUACUGGUUGGGGUUCUACAGCUUGAUUGCAAUACCUCCAGUGCUGUCACUGAUGAACUUGUUCUGGUUCUGGAAAAUUGCGAGAGGUAUGAUAAAAACCUUGAGAAAGUCGAAACAGACCUAAAAUAGUGAUAAAACUAUCUAGGAUGUAAAUUCUUUCGAGCUGGCCCUGUUGAGACUGCGGUUUAUAGGAUCUAUACGCUAGCAACCAACUGUAAAGUCGCCCCCCUCCUCUCCAUCCGAGCUAUAGCCCACAAAAUAUGCGAGGCUCGGACCCUUUUCUUGAUGAAAGCUUUGUACAGAGGGAUGGUUCUGUGUUCUUAUGAAAGUUUGCUGCUUUUGCCAGCGUCACUUGAACAUUGUCUGUGCCAUUAUGUUAAAUUCCUGAUCUGUUUUGUGGUAUUUGGUUGAAUCCGUGUCAUAUUAAAAUUGAAAAUUGAUGGAUCUUUCUU